UGGGGCGUGGUGUGCCCAUCUGUGUCCCGGCAUGCACUGGGGCUCUGCCGGAAGUGGAGCCGCCUCAUGGCUCAGGGGAAGCAGAAGUUCCAGGCCCAGAAGCCGGCUGGGGGGAAGAAGCCGGCGGCCCAGGGGGUCCGGGGACCCCGGAAGGGAGGCCGGAUAAUUGCUCCCAAGAAAGCUCGGGUGAUCCAGCAGCAGAAACUGAAAAAGAACUUGGAAGUCGGCAUCCGGAAGAAGAUUGAACACGAGGUGAUGAUGAAAGCCAGCACCAGCAUGGCCAAGAAGCUGACCGUGGUCAAAGCACCAGAGAAGGGAGCCAAGAAGAAGGGCCAGUCCAGCAAGUCUCCCCUGUAACCUGAGCGUGGGGGGGCUGCCACCAUCCUUGCGCUCCUGGAGCCUCCCAUAGCCCGUGGUUGGACAAAAAACGACCAUCCCCCUCAGCUGGGAGACCUGUGGAGGAACAGGGGCAGCUGUGUCCCCCUGAACAAAAGUGCUUUUGCAGCUACCUCCUUGGACUUGUUCCUCCUCCUCUAAUGUCUCCCAUGGUGCAUAUUCCCCCAUGGCCUGUUUCAUGCCCUGUAGCUGGGGGUGAGGGGUGGCUUAACCCUAUGUGGUUAACCUGCUUCGUGCCACAGAUGGCACAAGCAAAUCCCAUCUUGUCACCUGGAAGGAUGCUGAGUCUGAACGGGGCAGGGCAACUUGGUAGUUCUCAGCCAGGCCCUACAUGAGGGAUUCUCCUAUGGCAGGAAAGUAACUUGGGCCUGGGCCCCCUCUGCUGAGGUGUCCCACUGCAGAGUCAGGGAGGGUGUUUCCUCAGGCGGGAGCUGGUGUAGCCAGGGAAGAGUGAGUGAGAGCAUCUCAAGGCUUUUGUUCUGCUGGUGAAUUGCUGGCUGUGGGUCCUCCACGCCUGGGAGCCCCGGUGGAGUUUGUGGCAGCACCUCGGAAAACCUGCCUGUGUGAAUUACUCACCUGGGGCUAAACUCAUUUGCUGUGAGUGGAAGGGGAGCAGUUUGGGUCAGUGAAGCAGAGAUGCUAAAUCUCAUGUUCUCUUACCAGCUGCCUCGACUGACUCCAGCCGCACAGAUUGGUCUCCGCAAAUGCCCCGGGGAAGUGGUGCGUUGCUGGGGUAACUCCCUGCCCUGACUGUCCUCUGGUGCUUUAAUAAAAUGUACUGUGUGGGAA